GGGCCGGCGGUGGGGCGGGAUCGGUUCUGCGGCGGCCGCACCGCACCGAGCUGAGCCCCGCAGAGCCGCGCCGGCCCCGCAUCGCAACGGGCACAACCGCGUCGGCCUCAACGCUUCGAAGCCAGAACCGAACCGAACCGGACGGAUUGUAAUUGUCGGAUCGGGAUCGGACCGAACCCAGCCGGGCCGGGCCAUGCGCUGACGCCGCGGUGCAGCCCGCAGCCAAGGGCGGAUCCCGGGCAGCACACGCGCUGGGCCACGAUGCCGGAGCAGAGCAACGAUUAUCGCGUGGUGGUGUUCGGUGCCGGAGGUGUCGGGAAGAGCUCGUUAGUGCUACGCUUCGUCAAGGGGACCUUCCGAGACACCUACAUCCCCACCAUCGAGGACACUUACAGGCAGGUGAUCAGCUGCGACAAGAGCGUCUGCACGCUGCAAAUCACCGACACCACCGGCAGCCAUCAGUUCCCAGCCAUGCAACGUCUGUCCAUCUCCAAAGGCCAUGCCUUCAUCCUGGUGUUCUCCGUCACCAGCAAACAAUCCUUGGAGGAGCUGAGGCCCAUCUACCAGCAGAUCGUGCAGAUCAAAGGCAGCGUGGAGAGCAUCCCCAUCAUGUUGGUGGGCAACAAGUGCGACGAGACCCAGCGGGAGGUGGAGAGCAGGGAAGGGGAGGCCGUGGCCAAGGAAUGGAAAUGCGCCUUCAUGGAAACCUCGGCCAAGAUGAACUACAACGUGAAGGAGCUUUUCCAAGAGCUGCUCAACCUGGAGAAGAGAAGGAACGUCAGCCUGACCAUCGAUGGGAAGCGCUCCAGCAAGUAGAGCCCCGGACUGGCCCGUACCCCCCUGCACCCCCCCUCACCCCCCGGCACCGGGGCUGUCCCUGUGUGCUCCCUGUGUGUGCGGG